UCAUGAAAGGUUGCCAACGACAAGGAGCCGGCGUCCGAGACAAACAUUUUUCCAAGUACAUUUCCCAGAGUCUUCCCUUCUGUGCGUGUGUGUACGGUCCGUGAUUUUGAUUACUUCUUCAAGCAUUAAAGAAGCAAUGUAAACACAUCGCCCAUGCAAACUGACCUAGGCCAGGAAACUGUAUCGUAACGUAACUGACCUAAGUCAAAAACAAUACCAGGACUUGGACAAUAUUGAUUAGGCAUAAGAAUGUUUUUCCUUUUAAUAGUAUUAGAGUAAAUUAUUUCACAAAGCUUGUGGAAAAUCCCAAAAUAUCUUAGGAGUCCGUAAAUGUGCUAAUCUAGUCUUAGUAUUUGCAACACAUUCUGUUAAAUCAUAUCAGUUACAAUUGCAUGGUGUAUCCCAAGAAUCAGUAGAAUCCUGGACAGUUUGGCCACUGGCAAAAGACAUAUCCCAACAUCGCUCGCUUAAACUAUAAAUGGUUGUGAACUGUAGUAAAGCAAAUAUCGAAUAGGACCUUUAAACUCCCUAGUUGACUUAACCAUAAGUACUUGUCCGUUCUGAAGUAUUCAGAUGCGCUAAGCAUUGAAUCAACAAAAUUAAAAAUACGGAAAAAGAUUACACAUAAUAAGUGAGCAGUGAAAAGUUGUAAAGAGUUUCCAAUCUAUAAACGGAUAAAGUGCGAUAUAGAACCAUAUUAAAGUAAUAAAAAGUGUUGGAAAAUGUGAAAAAAUCAAAAACCGAAUAGAAUAACGUGCAAGUUUUGAAUUUAAACACAUAUUAAAUGUUCUCCACACUGGCUCUGCUGUACUGAACCCGGCCUGCAUUGCUCUCAUCUAUGCGCAACUAAUUUGCAAUGAUGAGUUAUCAGAAAGGUCUCAAGGAUCCAAACCUGGACAGGCAUACCAGUAAAGCCAAAUCCCGGCAUUUCACGGUCAACGGUCUUCUGAGUGCCAAUAACACGCUUCAGCAGCAGCAGAACCAAUACAACCUGCAGCCAUCGAAUGACAGUCGCAACAUCUACAAUAAUCCCUAUAUUCCGCAGCAGCAGCAACAGCAACAGCAGCAACAGCAGCAGCAACAGCAGCAGCAGCAGCAGCAACAGCAACAGCUGCAGCAGACGCAACAGCGCACCGCCCACCUGUUCAAGGCGUUGGCUGCCUCCGCUGCCGGCAGCAAUAGUCUGACUCAUCCCUACGACUUCUCCAACUCAUCAUCCUCCUCCAACGCCAACAAUGACAACCAGGGAUCAUCCUCUUCGGAAGCGGAAAACGCCUUCCUAACUCAUAACAACGGUAAACGAACCGGAGAGCGGACCACGUUCGAGCAAGAGGUAAAUGAGAGUUUGUUAAGCAACAAAUUACGCUUGGAAAAGGUGUGCGGUGCCGAGAUUUAUGUGGGUGCAGUGGGCGUCGAGGCCAAGGGGUCCUAA